AUAUAAAUCCUCCUUCACUUCCGUUCUUGCGCUCUAAUCUGCCCGUCGCACAGAACCCAUAGUCUCCUCUCCUCCUUGAGCUCUUCCACCAUGUCACUCCAAGAGGCUCUGUACCUCCGCGGCACCAUGCGUGCCCACACUGACAUGGUGACGGCGAUCGCCACUCCGAUUGACAACUCCGAUAUGAUUGUCACCGCUUCCCGUGACAAGUCCAUAAUUGUCUGGAACCUCACCAAGGAGGAGAAGACCUAUGGUGUUCCCAAACGUCGUCUCACUGGCCACUCUCACUUUGUUCAGGAUGUUGUUUUAUCGUCCGAUGGUCAGUUCGCUCUGUCCGGUUCCUGGGACGGUGAGCUACGUCUCUGGGACCUUGCUGCUGGAACCUCCGCCCGCCGAUUUGUUGGCCAUACCAAAGAUGUCCUGUCCGUUGCUUUCUCGAUUGAUAACCGUCAGAUCGUUUCGGCAUCCCGGGACAAGACUAUCAAGCUAUGGAAUACACUCGGUGAGUGCAAGUACACAAUUCAGGACGGAGAUGCUCACUCCGAGUGGGUCAGCUGUGUGAGGUUCAGCCCUAGUACCCUCCAGCCUACUAUUGUUUCCGCCUCAUGGGACCGAACCGUGAAGGUCUGGAACCUUUCCAAUUGCAAGCUCAGGAACACAUUGGCUGGUCACUCUGGGUAUGUGAACACGGUCGCUGUGUCCCCUGAUGGAUCUCUGUGCGCUAGUGGAGGAAAAGAUAUGACCAUUCUUCUGUGGGAUUUGGCAGAAGGGAAAAGACUGUACUCACUCGAUGCUGGUGCAGUGAUCCACGCCCUCUGCUUCAGCCCCAAUAGGUACUGGCUAUGUGCCGCAACUGAGCAGAGCAUCAAGAUCUGGGAUCUGGAGAGCAAGAGUAUUGUUGAGGACUUGAAGGUUGAUCUAAAGACGGAAGCAGAAAAAUCUGAGGAUAACACUGCUACCUCAAAUAAGAAGGUGAUAUACUGCACAAGCUUGAGCUGGAGUGCAGAUGGAAGUACAUUGUUUAGUGGUUAUACUGAUGGUGUAAUCAGGGUUUGGGGUGUUGGGCGCUACUAGAAAAUAUUGAAGAGUUGCUGAAAUCCGGUCCUUUUUGUUUUUACAAAAACCCAGUUACAUUAUUUUUCUGGUAGUUUGGAAGCAAAUUUAACUAUGGAUGUUCGAGUUUUGAUUCCGAUUAAAAGUUGGAUAUUUCGAUGGCUUUGAGGCCAGUGCUUAUCUUGUUUGGAUAUGUUCUUAGGUGAUUUGUUAUGAAAAUGCUAUUGGAUAGAUUUUUCUUUUUGGAUAGCCAGUAA